AUGUCUCAUCAAGUGAACAUUCACAUACGCCACAAACCAGUCGAAUCAGAUGAGGACGUUCUAUCUUGCGGCGAGAGAUUAAUCAAUCUCGACCCGACACGAACAGUAUUGCAAAUAGGCAGAGCUUCAAAGAGUCCUAGCAAAGGUCUCUUGGGUGCUAUUGAUAAUGCGUGGUUCGAUAGCCCGGUAAUGUCUCGAAAUCAUGCCGAAAUUAUCUACAACCCUGUGGACAAUGUUGUCCAAAUUCGAGACUUAGGUUCAAUGCAUGGUACUUUUUUGAACAAAGAAAAGUUGGGAGAAGAAGCCAAGCCUCUUAACUCAAAUGAUCAAAUUGUCUUCGGUGUUGGUGUGAGACGUGGUGUGGAUCUAUUCCAACCAUGUCAUUUUGAGAUCAACUAUGAAGUAAUUCCAUGGAAGAGACCCAAUAGCUACACUGUACCCGACUCCUCCGACGAUGAAGACGAUGAAGACGAAGGUUACCAUUUCAAUGAUACAGAAAUGUCCGAAGAAGCUUCCAGUCCGGGUGAUACAUCUAUCGAAAUGACUCGCUCCAGCCCUACAUCUAAGACUGUUGAUGCUAUCGACCUGACUGUGAACGAUACUUCCAGCCCUAGACUGAAGCCGACAAAGCCUUCCGAUAGCAAUGACGAAAGAAUCGAGGAAGACGAGUACACUCCCAAGUCACCAGUCUUAGAUAGCAUCGUGAGAGAUUCUCGCGAUGCUGUAGGACCAAAGACAAAUCCACCACAAGAAGCUGACCAUCCUCGAAAGACGUCUCACACAUACACUUUCAAUUACGAUAGCAAUGACGACGAAGAUGAAGAUAUGCUUUCGACACAAUCUUAUUCCGAUGAGUCUGAUAUAGAAAACGCAUCUGAAUUGGAAGGUUUUAGGGAUUUCGAAGAUUUGCCUUCUCAUAAUGACGUUGAUAGCGAAGAUGAAUCGAUGUCUGACGCAUCGGAGGAAUCAGAGGUUCAAGUUCUGCUGACUGAAAGUCGUGAAGCACUCAAUGAGAUUCCAUCUUCAUGUCCUUCAGUGUACUCGGGCUCAUCUCGUGCAUCCUCUCCUGCUCCUCAGGCUACCCUCGUUCAGACGCUUUCACAGACUCGAACUCCAUUUGACAAUAAUGCGGAUAUUCCUGAAUCUCACGUUAGAACUCAGAUUCAUACCUCUGAAGAGGUUAUCGCUCUAGAUCAACAGAACAACGAUGAUGAAGAUGAAGUCGAUGAUGACGAUGAUCGAAGUGUUGGACUUUCCGAAGCUGCUAAUGAAGGUCUACAAACAUUAUACAAAGACGGUUUACUCAAGAAAGAACCAGGCACCAAUCCCACCGGUCUCAUCGGUAGCGGUGGAUCUUACGAUGAAUUCUCCAAGUCCCAUCUCGACAGCUACUAUGCUACUUGUACUCCUACCUAUGAUGCUUCACCUUUCGGCUACUAUAAUCCUCAUAUAAACCGUGCUUCGAUUUCUGCUCGUCAAUGCGGAAAUCCUCGCAACGACUAUUAUUCUCUCACGAAACCAAGAUCACCAUUUGCUUCUUAUUACGGCCGAGAGGCUAGUCCUUCAUCAGUAGCAAUGGCUAGACCACCUUACCAGGAAAGUUACGCCGAUCAAACUCCCGAAACCUUAUCUGCCAGAAGUUUGGGUGAUAAAACUGGCAAGCACGCCUUCUUUGAAGCCAGGGAAGAGAACAAGGUACAAUUCCAAGCUCAUGUUGAUGAUGAAGAGAGUCAAGUAAGCCAAUUCUCACCAUUAUCAAUGACAACGAGACCAAGCCGGGCUAUCAAAUUCACAAAGCCCUUGGCUAAAUUCGUACAACCUAUACUACCCAUCAAAUAUCACGGCAAUGGCAUCGACCAUGGUUUUGUAAUUAACGAUCGCCCGGUUUCUAAUAUUGAAUCAUCUAAAGAUCGUCCUUCCAUUCAUCCAUAUUACUUCAGUUCAGACGCUUCAUCAAGAGCUGUGGAGAGCCCAGUCCUAGAAAGACAUCCAACUAGAUCUGGCCUAAGUAUUGACGACAUCAUUGACAGCUCUUCAGUUGGCAAGAAGAGAAAGGCUGAUGAGAUCUCCCAUGAUGAAUUAAUCAAAAACGAGGUUCGAGAUUGGGUUUCUGGUGUCAACGACUCGACAAAGCCCCAAGCUGCUGUGGUUGCACAAGAAGAAAUUCCUGGCCCUGAAUCUUCAGCGCAUACAACUCAUACCAUCCAUCAUGCCCAGAAGGUUCAAUCAGAUGUGCAACUACCCACAGCUGAUGCUGCGAUCCAACUUGCAGUCUUGACUACAACAACAAAUGAUCCUGAACAUCGACCAGUCAAGAGACUCAAGAUGAGGAAGUUUGUCGAGGCUGUAGGAUACUUUGCACUCGGAGGAGCUGCUGUUGGUGCUGGUUUAUUUUCGGCACUUGUAGCAACAGCUCCAGAAUUCAUUUAA